GGUCCGGAGGGAACUCGGGGCCCUCGGGCUCUGGUCCCGGGCCUGUGCCUUUCCGUUUCCGGUCCGGCCGAAGUGAGGCUCGGGGCAUGGGCAUCCUGCCGCGCCUCGAGCCCUCCGCGGAUAGACUGCAGUCCAGUCCUUGCUCCCCCGGCCCGGCCGGAUGGACCGCGAGACGCGCGCCUUCGCCGAGCGCCACUUCCGAGGCCUCGGGGGCCGCGUCUCGGACGGCGGCGGCCGGGCUCCGGGCAGUGUGGCCUUCAUCAAGGAUCCCGACGCCUUCUCCUACGCCGACUUCUUCAAGGGCUACCUGCUGCCCAACGUGCCCUGCGUGUUCUCCAGCGCCUUUACCGAGGGCUGGGGCAGCCGGCGGCGCUGGGUGACGGCCGCGGGGAAGCCCGACUUCGACUACCUGCUCCAGAAGUACGGAGACGUGGUUGUACCCGUUGCAAACUGCGGGGUCCGGGAAUACAACUCGAACCCCAAAGAACACAUGCCCCUCAGAGACUACAUCAGCUACUGGAAGGAGUACAUCCAAGGGGGCUGCUCCUCUCCGCGGGGCUGUCUCUACCUCAAAGACUGGCAUCUCUGCAGGGACUCCUCGGCAGAGGACGUGUUCACCCUGCCUGUGUACUUCUCGUCUGACUGGCUGAAUGAGUUCUGGGAUGCCUUGGACGUGGACGACUACCGCUUCGUCUACGCGGGACCCACAGGCACCUGGUCCCCAUUCCACGCCGACAUUUUCCGCUCCUUCAGCUGGUCGGUCAACAUCUGCGGGCGGAAGAAGUGGCUUUUCUUCCCCCCAGGGCAGGAGGAGGCCCUGAGGGAUUGCUACGGUGGUCUCCCCUACGACGUGACCUCCCCUGCACUCCUCAACACCCACCUGCACCCACUGCAUCAGUACAGCAGCCCGCCCCCGGAGGUGACGCCCCUGGAAGUCACGCAAGAGGCUGGCGAGAUGGUAUUUGUGCCCAGCGGGUGGCACCACCAAGUUCACAACCUGGACGACACCAUCUCCAUCAACCACAACUGGGUCAACGGCUGUAACCUGGCCAACAUGUGGCACUUCCUGCAGCAAGAGCUCCACGCUGUGCAGCAGGAGGUCAGCCAGUGGAGAGACUCCAUGCCCGACUGGCACCACCACUGCCAGGUCAUCAUGAGGUCCUGCUCGGGGAUCAAUUUUGAAGAGUUUUACCACUUCCUCAAGGUCAUCGCUGAAAGGAGGCUCCUCAUCUUGGGGGAGGGGCUGGAGGGGCACAUUGCGGCCACUGGGCUGGGCCCCCAGCAGGCUGCUUUUGACAUUGCCCGCAUCACAGAGGUGCUGACAUCUGUGGUCCAGCACCCUGACUUCCAGAGAGUGGACACCAGUGCGUUCUCGCCGCAGCCAGAGGAGCUGCUGCAGCAACUGGAGGAGGCCGUCGCUGCCACUGCGUCCCUUUAGCACCUGCUGGAGGACGGGGCGCCCUGGAGGCACCAGCCAGAAGGCAGCCUCCCUGCUCUAGGCCCCACCCAGAAAUAAAGACAGCCUUCAUCCCUGUGGCCUGGGACAUGCUCCCUGCUGAGCCUUCUGACCUGGGCAUCCGCAGCAAUGGCUCUUCCUGUGAGGUUCUGAUGGGAUCCUAGCCGCCUAUGGCCAUUUCCUAGGUCCAUUUUCUUUUCUCAGACCUUCCCAGCCUCCCCUUAGGUGAAGGCCAGGACACCGGAGCCUACAGGAUCCAGCCUGCCUGCCUCUGGAGGCUCCUCUGUGUGACCCACCUGCAUGCCCUGGUCACAUGCUCACAUGCAGCUACCCCCAGCCCUCUUCACCCUCUGGCUGUCUCCCUGGGCCCCAGGGCAGCAGCAAGCCAAGGAGUUGGGCAUGAUGCUACAGGUCCAAGCCAGGCAUGUUCAGCUGGAUGUAGUUCACGUCUAGAGGCACAGGAGCUGGGGGGCGGAAAAUCUUCAGGUUCUGGUCCAGUCAGGUGCCCAGGAUGGAAGAGAUGGUGCUGGAGGAGGUGGGUGUAUGGGCAGCAGAGUCAGAGGCCUGGAGUUCCUUUCCCCACAGCCCCUCACAAUACCGUGUGGGGGCUGGGCCCCUAUACCAGCCCAUCCAUGGGUCAGUCCCCCACCUUAGCCUAAAGGUCUGUCCUGGUGGUGGCGGGACUGUCAGAGUCUCCAUCAGAGGGAGCUCUCUGUUAGUGGCCACCUCUCCCUAUUCUCAGGGAAGCCCAACACUCCACUGCCUGAAUCCUGGACAGGGAGGGGCGGUACCUGCUCUGUUCCUUGCAUUGGCUACACACAGGAGGUGCUCCAUCAGUGUCUAAGGGAGGGAAGAAAUGGAGUCUGUCCCCUGCCCAGCCUUCACAGGGACCCCACAGCACCUCGGCCUGUAGCUCACACACCAGGGUGCUGCCCUGUUCUGUGCAUCUCAUCUUUCCACUGACGCAAUUCUGAGGAACAGGCACUGCAGCAGCCCCAGCCCCACCUGCAGCUGGGCACAGAGAACUGAGGGUCAUGGCACAUAUGAGCAGGUUGUUCACUACGCCCCUGCCAUGGGCCCCACAUUGAGGCAUAGGUGGGGAUAGGUUCUUGCCCCUGCAUCUCCCCAGAGCACCCAUGACCCCUCACAGCUCUGUGACUCCUUUCUUCCUGCAGGGGGAGCCCCAGAGCUUGGCUCUCCAGCAGGCAUAAUAAGAUGUAUGAGGGCCAGCUUCCUGCCCAGCCUCUCCUCCUUGACCCACUGUCCACUUACAUUUUCAGCUGGUCCUGGUGUCUGCCGUCCCCGUCACAGCAGGGGAGGGUGCAUGCAUAUCUACAGGAAGCAGUACAUCUGUGCUCUGGACACAACCUACUACAACCGAUUGGAAUGGAAGCCCAGAAGGGCAGGAGUAUUUGUUCUGGUCGAUGAAUUAUGCUAAGUACCUAGAAAGGUGACUGUGUACCUUUACAUAUAGGUGCUUCAUAUAUGUUUGUUGAAUGAGUGAACCCCAGCCAGCACCUCCUCAGAUACCUGAGUGGGCCUAGGCCCCUCUGCCAGUCCCUAGGACCCCCUUAGAUGGAAUCUCAAACCUGUCUUACAAAUGCAGAAGUAGGGCUGGCCAGUUAGCUGAGCUGGUUAGUGUGGUACUGGCAAUACCAGGGUCCAGGGUUUCAUCCCUAUACUGCCCAGCCACCAAAAAAAAAAAACAUGCAAAAACUGCUUUGCCCAAACCCAGGGGCCAGUGAGUUCUGAGACAGAGGCUGCUUCAUGGGGGAGAGGGAAGUAACAUGAACAACGCCAGUCCCUCCAGCAGCCCUUUACCGGGUAGGCACUUUCUGUGGCUUGUCCUGACUGGUCCCUGCAAUGGCACUCUGGGUUUGGUCCAUUUGGCACCCCACUUUUCAGGGGAGCAAAUAACUCAGGUGAAGUGAGAGCCGUGAGCAACAGUCAGGGCUGGGUCAUCUCUGCAGUGGACAGGCGGUGCUCACCCUCCGAGCAGCAGGUCCAGCACUUGUGUGUUUCUCCCCAUCUCCCCUGCAGACUGUGAGCUUCUAGGGGCAGGGACCACCCAGGAGAGCCGCACUCAGGCCUUACAUGGCCCCUACCCAGGGCAAGUAUGCAGGCAUAGCCACUGGAUAGAUUAAUGAGGAUCUCAACUCCCUGCCUUUGAGAAGCUCACAGUGUGGGGAUGGAUGCUAGUAAUAGAAGUGACGUGAGACAGAGCCGGGGGUAGCCAGAAUGAGCCUGGGGGCUCUUCCCAGGGUCUGGUUGCUCUAUGGAGCACAGCGGGCACUGCUGCUCCCUGGUGGUCAAGGGCACUGGGUCCCAGGCAAGUCAGAGGAAAUAGAUCCUGAAGGGUAGGGUCACCAGGCCUCCAGGUGGCAGUCCUGUCCAGUGGGAUCCUUCACCCCCCCAUCUAAGAUCUUUUUGAACCAGGACAUCAUGAACUUCUCAGAACACCAGAUAGUUUGUAUCAAAGAAAAAAGAGAGACAUUUCCCCUCCAAGAAACUGAGCAGCAAACACUAGGUAUGAGGGUAUGAGGUAGGGAAGCUUGGAGAUCAGGUUCACAAGAUUUCUGCUUGAGGGAGGAGUCCCACCUCCAGGAGAGGGGUCACAAAGGAAAGUGUGUGUCUGAGUCUAAUCUUGAGCUUCUUGGUAGAUGUCUGAGUGGAGAAGUGCAGUUAUGAUAUAUCUAAACAUUUGUAAUGACCCAGACACCACCCUGACUAGUGUUAUGGGCUGAGUUGUGUCCUCCUCCCCCAGUAAAAUUUAUGUUGCAGUCUUAACCCCAAAAACUUAAAAGUUAACUAUGUUUGGAGAUAGGGCCUUUAAACAGAUGAUUAGAUUAAAACGAGGCUGGGUCCUAAUCCAAUAUGACCUGUUCUUAUAACAAGAGGAGAUUGGGACAUACAGAGACCUACCAGGGGUGCCUGUGCACAGAGGAUAACCACGUGAAGAAGUGAGAAGGUGGCCAUCUGCCAUCCAAAAGAGCCUAAGAAGAAACCAACCCUGCCAGAACUUUGAUCUUGAACUUCCAGGUUCAAGAACUGAGAAAAUAAAUUUCUGUUGUUUAAGCUG